UUUUCAUUUUGUAGCGAAAAAACGUCAAUAGCCUCUCAAACUCUUUCAUUGAACUGAUAAGCAGCUCAGGACAAAACUACAACAAGUCCUAUGUGGGAUCUUUUCAUCCACCCAAAAUUUCUGAACCUUCUUAAACUUGGGAGGACAUUGUUUUCUUUUUUUCUUGUAAUAGAAAUGGAAGCUUUUUAAGUUUGAAGACAUCCUUUUGCGCUCUUUUGAAGUCGUUUUUACAGUUUCUUGUCGAAUACCCAGUUUUUCUUUCAGCCUGUUUUCUUCAGUUUAGUGAUUCUUUUAUGGGAAAUUGACUAAAGAUUGAAUUUUUAUUUCUGGGUUUUUGUUAAAAAGAGUAAAACUUGGCAUUUUUGCUCUUCUUCUUUUUUUUUUUUUUUUGGUUCUUGGUUGGGUGUUCGUAUUAAGAAUGAUGUCAAUGACAUGCCACAAUCUUGAUUUUGGAACAAGAGUGCUUGAUUUGGUUGCUGUUGGCUCCUCUUCUAAUUCUUCAAUUGAAAGGUACGCAGUGAAGAAUCAUGGAAAAACAUUUGCCACUAAAGUCUAUGGAGCUAGAAGAAUGGUUUGUUGCAGGCAAAACAUUAGUAGAACUCGUGUGUUCUCCACAAAUACUUCAGAGGCUCUUCUUAAUGGAGUUGGUCAACGUACUGCGCCUGUGUUGGAUUUGAAGAAAGAGGCUAAAAGUCCCAUUUCACUGGCAAACUUGUUCGAAGUUGUAGCCGAUGACCUCCAGACUCUAAAUCAAAAUCUCCAGUCAAUUGUUGGUGCAGAGAACCCUGUUCUAAUGUCUGCAGCUGAGCAGAUCUUUGGUGCUGGUGGUAAGAGAAUGAGACCGGCCCUGGUGUUCUUAGUUUCAAGAGCUACGUUAGAGUUAGUCGGAUUGAAGGACCUUACUACAAAGCAUCGGCGUUUAGCGGAGAUCAUUGAGAUGAUUCAUACUGCAAGCUUGAUACAUGAUGAUGUAUUAGAUGAAAGUGAUCUGCGAAGAGGAAGAGAGACGGUUCACCAACUGUACGGCACAAGAGUAGCCAUACUGGCUGGGGACUUCAUGUUUGCUCAGUCAUCAUGGUACCUUGCAAAUCUUGAAAACCUUGAAGUCAUUAAGCUCAUUAGCCAGGUUAUUAAGGAUUUUGCGAGUGGUGAGAUUAAGCAGGCAUCGAGUUUGUUUGACUGUGAUGUCAAACUUGAGGACUAUUUGCUAAAGAGUUAUUACAAAACAGCUUCAUUGAUUGCAGCUAGUACCAAGGGAGCCGCCAUUUUCAGUGGAGCUGAUCGUAGUGUAACAGAGCAAAUGUAUGAAUAUGGAAAGAAUCUUGGCCUAUCAUUCCAAGUUGUUGAUGACAUAUUGGAUUUUACACAAUCAGCAGAGCAGCUGGGAAAACCAGCUGGUAGUGAUCUAGCAAAAGGCAACCUCACAGCACCUGUAAUUUUCGCACUUGAAAAGGAGCCAAAACUUAGAGAGAUCAUUGAAUCUGAGUUCUGUGAGACUGGUUCCCUUGACGAAGCAAUCGAACUAGUAAAGCAAUGCGGGGGAAUCGAAAGGGCACAAGAGUUGGCAAAAGAGAAAGCUGAUAUUGCAAUCAAGAGUCUCCAAUGUCUUCCUCAAAGUGAUUUUCGGUUAGGGCUUGAAGAUAUGGUGAUGUUUAAUCUAGAAAGGAUUGAUUAGUUUAACUAAUCCAAAACAAACAGCAUGAUACAUGACAGAUAAACAUGGCAUGAAGUUGAAGCCUGUACCCAUAUAGAACAGCUUUCUUAGGAUAUUAAUUGGUUCCUUGUCACUGGUUGUAUAUUCAUACAAGGCUUUGAGCUUUGACUUGAGCUCCUAGUAUCAAUGUCUUCAAAUUAUACAUUUGUCUGAGAAAAAAUAAUUUCUCUGUUAAAUUAAAUUGAUGAACAAUAAAGUUUUUGUGGUCAUCAAUAUUAAGCUAAUAAACUUCCAUUAUGUAUACAAGGAAAACCUAUACUACAGGGGUUUCUCUUUUUCUUCUUAAA